AUGUUUCGUCGGCUACCCUCAGGUCUUCCAAAAGACCCUAAAUUUGAACCUACCCUUGAUGGACUUGGAUACUUCAUCAACGAGAAAGAUGAAAUCAGAUCUAUCGAAAAUCCAAAGGCUUACUUCAAGUAUUUCCUUACCAAAAAUGAUCGAUAUAAUCAACUGCAACGUGAAGCCAUGAAUCAUGCCAUCCGUGAUAUAGUAAUGACACGUCUUCUCAGCCUUGGCCUCCAGAAGAUCCUUCUUCCUCUCAAUGUUCCCGAAACUUCUCCACAUAUCCACAUUCUAACAUCUCCCAAUCUCUCCACUGCCACUCGAGUCAUCGUUCUAUUUUACGAACCUAAGGAUGAUAUUGGAGUUUUGGCUCAUCGUGUCUUGGGUGGAGCAGGCGGAAUCGACACUGGUUCUGCCGUGAACAUGGUCAAGUAUAUUCAAGAGAAGGGCGCAGCUUCAGGUGAACCCGAGCCACCAGCCAUCAUUCUUGCUAACAUGGGUCAACUUUAUUGGUAUCGUCGCGGCCGAAAGCCUGUCACCUUGAUGACUUGGUCUGCAUUACCUCAAUCUAGCUGUGUCGAGAAAACCACCCGCCUUGAUGCCAUCAAAAACACAGUUCCUGGGAAUCGUAAUACAGAUGAACAUAUCGAUUACAUCUUCAACCAUGUCAUCGAAGAACUUAUGCCGAAGGUGGCCAAGAUCGAUGUAAUUGGGGUUUCUGAAGGCGCCAUGGGCGUAACCCGUUUCUUGGACGAACUGGAAAAUUGGAAGAAGUGGGGAUCCCGUAUGCAAGCUUUUGCAGCUCUAGCUACAUGGUGGCAAUCCAUUGAUUACAGGAAUCCUCUUCUUCUAGAAUGGAUGCAAGCCCGUGGUCGUGUCUACUUGAACUCUCCUGAGCCGGCAGGUACCUAUCUCGCAGGUCCUGAUGGCACUCGGCGUAUCAUAGCACUUGGAUCACCAGUGUUUAGCCUGAGUGAACCUUACUAUACCGAAUGUCUCUUGCCCAAAGGUUAUCGUACGGUUAUUGACUUCUUUCAAGAAGUUGCGGAUUGGGAUAGUCAAGGUGGAGAAUAUGUAAAUCCAACCUUUGUGAGAAUGGAUGAUGGAGAAGAAGAUUGUGAAGACAUGGGCUUUGGAGAUGAGGGAUUCGGUGAUGAAGAAAGACAGGAUGGAGUUGAGCUGAAGAUUGAGAGGGGGGAAGUUGACAAGCGGGUUGAUUUAUAAGGUCUUUUUCAUGCAUUGGUACAGGAGCUAGUAAGUAGACCAAUGGUUUCCUACUCCUCUUGACGUACCCGACCGGAUGCUGGGAGACAACGGAACGGCAUGCUAUAGAGGGCCUGUUGGAUCAACUGCAAACGAAAACAGUGGAAUGAUUCGAAAGGAUGGUGAUGACUUGUUUCGAGACGAUUAGUUCGACGGUAUGGUUUGAAGCCACUGAAGUUAAGGGGAUAAUUACAGCAAAAAGGAAUCAGAUGUAGUAGGAAAAGCAACGACUUGCACAUAUAAAUGAUAAAGGGUUACAAUAUGAUCAUCUCGUGACUACAUAAUAUAC